AGCAGCUGGCAAUCCCCAAAAUGGCCGGCAUCAGGGAUACCCCACAACUUUGGGGAUCCCAGGGAGGGUCCCGCUGCCAAUCUUGCCCCUGUCCUCCUGGGUCUUUUGGGAGCAUCUGUGACAAUUCACCGUGGCCAAUUCGUCACGGGCAACUCGUCACGGUCAACUCGUCACGGUCAGCUCGUCACAGUCAAGUCAUCACAGCCAACUUGUCAUGGCCAACUCGUCACGGCCAGCUCGUCACGGUCAGCUCGUCAUGGCCAACUCAUCACGGUCAAGUAGUCACGGCCAAUUCGUCACGGUCAACUCAUGGCCAAUUCGUCACGGUCAACUCGUCAACGGCCAAUUCGUCAUGGCCAAUUUGUCAUGGGUCAACUCGUCAUGGCCAAUUCGUCAUGGCCAAUUUGUCAUGGGUCAACUCAUCAUGGCCAAUUUGUCAUGGGUCAACUCGUCAACGGCCAAUUCGUCAUGGCCAACUUGUCAUGGGUCAACUCAUCAUGGCCAAUUCGUCACAGUCAACUCGUCAUGGUCAACUCGUCACUGCCAGUUCAUCAUGGCCAUUUGUCAUGGGUCAACUCAUCACGGCGAACUUGUCAUGGCCAGCUUGUCAUGGUCAACUCGUCAGGGCCGACUCGUCACGGCCAAUUUCUUACGGUCAACUCAUCACGGUCAACUCGUCACGGCCAAUUCAUCAGGUCAACUCGUCAUGGCGAACUCGUUACAGUCAACUCGUCACAGCCAGCUCGUCACGGUCAACUUGUCAUGGCCAAUUCGUCACGGUCAACUCAUCACGGCCAAUUCAUCAGGUCAACUCAUCACGGCGAACUCGUCACAGUCAACUUGUCAUGGCCAGUUCGUCACAGUAAACUCGUCAUGGCCAUUUUGUCACGGUCAACUCAUCACGGUGAACUCGUCACAGUCAACUCGUCACGGCCAGCUCGUCACAGUCAACUUGUCGUGGCCAAUUCGUCACGGUCAACUCGUCAUGGCCAAUUUGUCACGGUCAACUCAUCACGGCGAACUCAUCACAGUCAACUCGUCACAGUCAACUUGUCAUAGCCAAUUCGUCACAGUCAACUCGUCAUGGCCAUUUUGUCAUGGUCAACUCAUCACGGUGAACUCGUCACAGUCAACUCGUCACGGCCAGCUCGUCACAGUCAACUUGUCAUGGCCAAUUCGUUACGGUCAACUCGUCACGGCCAAUUCGUCAGGUCAACUCAUCAUGGCGAACUCGUCACAGUCAACUCGUCACAGCCAGCUCGUCAUGGUCAACUUGUCAUGGCCAAUUCGUCACGGUCAACUAAUCAAGGCGAACUCGUCACAGUCAGCUUGUCACGGUCAACUUGUCACGGCCAACUCAACAGGAGAAGACUUGCACUAAUAUCAAAGAAACGGUGAAAUAGAAUCACGGAAGGACAGGAUGCAAAAAGAAGGACAGAGUGAAAUGCGAACGACUAAAUUUAAAAUCAAUUAUCUCAAAUUAAAAUAAAUCGAAUGGUUCAACUGUCCUGCAGCGAGUCGGCCGUGGCGGAUUGGCCGCGACGAGUUGCCCCGUUCAGCUUUUUGGGGUGGGUUCCCCCAGAAAAUUCCCCCCAAUGGGCCUAGCCGAUUCGGGUCCUCCAGAACCAUGCGGGAAAUGGACCCGCGAGAUUUUGGAGGAUUGAUCGUCUCUCUUCUUCC